AUGGCUCCCAAGAGCCAGGCUGGAAGUGAACUUUCCCUGCCUGUGGGGGAAGGGUCGGAGGAUUGGAAGUCGCCUGCAUUUCGAGGAUGCCGGUGGUGCCGGCGGCCGAGGAGCUUCCCCAACCCCUACCACAGUCUGAGUCCCAAUCGUCCUUUCCUUGCAUUCAAAAGCGAAAGACAUUGCGAGUGCAACACAUGCACCUGCUGCAUUCGCACGUCUCGCCCGGACAUCAAGACAAAGGAGCAGAAGGACAAACUUCAGAAGGAGAUGGCAGAGGACGACACGAAGCACGCCGCCCACAUGGAGAUCGUGAACAACUACGAGACCCAGCAUCUUGCGAACAUGACCAAGAAGAGGAAGCGUGGUGUUUACGUGGAUCCGGAGAUGGAGGAGUCGGCCCCCAAACAGGUCAAAGUUGGGAGUGAAAGCUCCUUAGAGUUUCGCCAGGCGCUCGGGGUGCUGUGGCCUAAGCAGCUCUUCGAAGCGACCACUGGGAAGAAGGUCAAGGAGAGCGACAUGACUACCAUCGAGGAAGGCACCAAGGUCCUGAGAGGCAUUCUUCGCCCCAAAUCGGAAGGCUGCCCAGAGGGUUGCACAGAGCUGACCAACGUCCAUCGCAGCUUCGCCGCCAGCAUCACGACGGCUGCGGACUCGGAGACGGCCAUCGGCAAGGACCAGCUCGAUAAGACGUGGGCGGAGGCGCGCAAUGCCCAGGAGUUUGCCACGAAGGAGACGGAUGUGGAUGGCGAGACGCAGCUCCAGCUCACGGGUGGCCUUAAGCGUCCAGCCUCCCGUGACGAGUGGGAUGACAUGUUCGACUUUGGGCCGCAUGUUCUUGGAGGCCCUGCGCCUGAGGAGCCAGCCCCGGUAAGAAAGGGGAAGGGUCGUGGGCGUGGUGGUGGAAAAGGCGGCAACAAGGGAAGAGGCAGAGGCGACAGAGCGGACGGUGACACCCCGCCGCCGCCUCCCGCCGCCAACAAGGCGGACGUCAAGCUCACGAAAGAGUUGCAAAUUUCAGAGAAGGUGAUGCUGGAUGCCCAGCAUCUGUUGCAGAACCUGUCGACUGGAGAGAAUUUGACAGGGGUCAAGACGAAGGCCCUGAGCAACAUUCAGAGCAAGAUCUCCACGAGACUUUCGCCGACGUUGGUGGCCCUUUACACGCAAGGCUACGAUCCAAGCCAGAACGCGGUUGAGACUCCGGGGAUGAAGACCCUGGAAAGCCUUCGAGUGCUACAGCGGCAGCUGCAGCAGGUCGAAGGUCUUGUGGCGGCCAUCAAUGAUGACGAUGCGUCGGGUGACAGCAUCUGGAAAGCAGGCCUAGAGGCGAAGUCUCCCGACUUCGAGCCGUCGAAGCAACUUGGAGAGUUCGCUUUGCAGAGAGAGGUGGACCGCGCAGCGAAAAACCAGAACUUCGAACGUCUUUUGGAGCUCCUGAAGUGUGAGCCCGCCGUGGCUGACGACCCCACCGCCUUCAACGCAAGCCUUUUGGCCGAAGACAAACGGAACAUUUUUAUGAACCGCGAAGUCAUGAGGCUCUUGGCGGAGCUGCUUCGGUGCGACAACAAAUGUGCAGAAGUUGCCAGGCUCGUGGCCGUGGUUGUGGACUCAAAGUUGCUAGAGCAAGACUCCCCCCUGCUGGCAGAGCUGAGGUUGCUUCAGACACUGUUGUCUGCGAGCGAUGCUUCGGUCCCAGCGGAUGCUAUCCAAACGGCUUUGGCCAAGCUUCAGGGUGACAAGAGCUUGAAGCUUCACAAAGUGGUGAACAACUUUGCAACAGGACUGCAGACCAUCAAUGAUGCCGCGAAGGCCUUGAAAAGUCGGGCCUCUGAUGCGGCGCUGCAAAUCAGGCUAGGCAAGCUGGUGGCAGAGGUUGCAAAGCCGCGCGACAACAUCACGGAGGUUGCCCAAAUCAACCACUUUCGGGAGCUCAUGUCAGAGAGCAAGCAAAUCAAGGCUGCUGCAACUCAGGACUUCCUGAAGCAGAAUGUCGAUGAGUUGCAGAAAAUCUCCGCGACUAUGAAGGCCUGGACCACGACAAUCCGAGCCUCGAAGGAUAAUGACACAAGUGGGCUUUUCAAGUCGUGCUUUGAGAAGAUGGUGGAGGCCGGCUCGGCCAGCCCAGAUGCCGAUGUUGCCGCCCAGAAGAUCAAGGAGUUCAAGGACUUUGUGGACGCCGGCUGCAAGGACCCUCUGGAGGACAGCUUCAUUAUCAUGGAGGGCGUCAUGGAGACCCAGGAGGACUACGAGAAGUACAAAUCCCUGCAGGAAUCCUUGCAGCAACAUCUUCAGGCUUUCCGGACUACUGUCGAGACCAUGAUCCACGGUGAUGGAAGUUGGCUCUACCAAGACAGCCAGCCAAAUGGAAUGCUGCAAGUUCUUGAGUUGGUUUGCAAGCCCCAGCCGGUGCUGGAACAAUUCGAAGGUUUCUCGGCCUGGAAAUCCUAUGCCCAGGGCAGAUUGGACUACAUGACCGAGGAUGCCCUGGUGAAGACCUUGCAACCGCUCAUGAAAAACGCGACAUCCAAGAAGGUGCUGCGGCAGAUCAUUGAGAUGGCGCUGGGCCGUGGUUCUGAAGCCAUGGAUCUGUCUGCUACUGGCACCAGUGAGGACAUGGUCAAGUGCAUCGCCGACGCGAUGAAGACCUGUGACCAGAUCCUCAGGAAUGUGAAGGACAUGCCGUCCUACCUUGGAAGAAAGGUCGAACAUGUGGCAGACAUUUUCCAAGAGGAUGGCGCCGAAGUUUCUGGAGCCUCAGGAGGUGGCACACCGCCAUUGUGGGCAUUGUGCUGCCUGCCAAAGGCUUUGGGAAUCGUCCUCAAUGCCAAGAGCUUGACAGGCUGGCGCCCCUGGGAACCUCCCGAGUCGGCCAGAGAUGGACAGCUAAAUGAAUCCUUCCCUGUUUUGUUUCACCAGAAAACACCUCCCGACCAGCACCCCCAGCCCUGGCAAAGGCAAGUCAAUUCAACUCAACAGUCGCCCCUCGUCACAGAAAACUUACUGCAAGUCUUGUCAUUAACUAUGAUUCCAUGGUGCCCUGAAGGCCAGAGCGCUGGCUUGCGGAAUGUCAAAGAAGAGCCCUACAGCGCAGAUCAUUGGCAGAGCUUCGUGAGUGCGCUUUUGUCAUCGAAAAGCGGCGUGGACGACUUCCGUGGUUUCUUGCAGGGCUUGGACGUCCCGGACGAGCAUGCUGGGCAAGUCGUGGUACUCACGCAGAAGCUCUGCGAGUUCCUGGAAAAGGCCAUUAAGGAGCUGGCCACCGAGCAGGUGCAACAUCUUCAGAAGGCCAUCCUCACGAGCCAGGAGGUGGUGAAGGGCGCCCUGAAUUCCGAUGACAUCCUCCCGGCCAUCUCCUCCAUGGAAAAGGGGUGCGAUGCCACGAUGUUGCAGAAGGUGUUGCCGAUUGCUGCUUCCGAUCACUCCAAGGCGCUGCACAAGCAGGUGAAGUUGUUGGAGGCCUUGCGCGACCUGCUUCCCAUCGUGCAGACAAUGGCUCCCGUGAUCCUUAGUGACUUGGGUCAAGAUGUCCUGUCGAUGGACAAGCCGUUGCUCGAUCAAGCCCGGACCAUGAAUUGCACCCUGGCGGUUGUCCAAGCCCUAGCCCGGCCACUCAGGCCGCAAGAGACGCGUGCAGGGCUGGCGCGAAGGGCUCGGCUCAUGGUGGUGAGCAAGAGCAAGGAGGGCCCCAUCAAUUUGCCAUCCAACCUUGAUCUUAUGAUGAACAAAGUGGCUGGCGCCGUGGAUGUGGAAAUUUCACCAUCCAAGGCCAGCAGUAUCGCAAGCGGGGGUGUGAGCAGCACUCGGCAGUAG